UCAACCCGAGCUCCUGGGUUAAAGCCGCCGUGCCGCGGACGCCGCCAUGCUCCAUGAGCGCCACUGCCUUGCGCACCGGCGCGGCCAUCCUUCGCGCGCUCUCCGCCGCCUCCGCCGCCCACCUCCACGCGCACGCCCUGAAGCUCGGCGUCCUCCCCUCAUGCCUCCACCUUUGCUCGGCCCUGCUCAAAGCCUACGGCGCCUCCGGCCGCGUCGCCGCCGCGCGCCAGCUGUUCGACGAAAUCUCACGCCGGGACGUCCCGCUAUGGAACGCCCUGUUGUCCGCCUACGCGCGCUCUGGCCAUCCCGGCCACGCCCUGUCCGCUGCGUCCGCCAUGGCGCGCUACGCGGGGGCCCGGCCAAACGGGGUCUCGGUCACGAGCCUCCUGUCCGCGUGCGCACAGCUGCGGAGCUCGGUGCGCGGGAGGGAGAUCCACGGGUACGCUGUGAGGAACAUCGUCGAUCUUGACUUGCCCGUGCUCAAUGCGUUGGUGAACAUGUACGGCAAGUGCGGGCUGCUGGCAGACGCGAGGAUGGUGUUUGCAGGCAUUGGGGUUGGCAUGAGGAGCGAUGUUUCUUGGACAUCCAUGAUCAAUGCUUGCUCCGAGAAUGAGCGUCCAACUGAGGCACUGGAAGUGUUCGAGGAGAUGAGGAUUGCUGGUGUCAAGGUCGAUGAGGUCACCCUGCUUGCUGUCAUCUCAGCCUGCACAAAGCUGGAUCGCACGUCAAGUUUGGGUGGCUGGGUGGAACAGUGUGCGCUUGAGAAUGGGUUCUUGAAGAACACACGUGUCGCCAAUGCACUUAUACAUAUGCAUGGUAAGAUGGGGAGGGUGAGGAGAUCAUGUGACAUAUUUGACUCCAUGGGAUUGAGGACAGUGGUUUCGUGGACGGCCAUAAUACAAGCACUUGCCAUGAAUGGCCAUGGAGUGGCUGCCCUUGUUCGGUUUGCGCAGAUGCUCAGAGAAGGGUUCCAGCCUGAUGAGGUUAUCUUCUUGAGCAUAAUCAAUGCAUGUGGUCACUCCACCCUAGUGAACGAGGGGCGCCAACUGUUCAAGUCCAUGGUCGAGGAGUACAGAAUCACACCAUGGAUGGAGCACUAUGGGAGCAUGGUGGACAUGCUGUGCAAAGCUGGAGCAUUGGACGAGGCAUUUGAGUUCACCCUGGCCAUGCCCGUUAAGCCCGAUCCUGUAAUAUGGCGUGUUUUGGCCGGCGCUUGUCGGGACCUUGGGAAUGCCAGCUUAGCAAGGAAGGUGAUGGAACAUGUGAUCAGCAUGGAGCCCGACUACGAGGGGAAUUAUGUACUGGCGUCAAACUUGUAUGCUGCAGAUGAGGAUUGGAGACGUGUGGUAGAUGUUAGGUUGGACAUGGGAGUGAGGAAAGGGACUCCAAGAGGUGCUAUUGCGGCGUCUUAUGUCGAAGUCAAUGGUGACUAAAGUGCAGAAAACUUGUCUUCUAGUACACAUCACCGGUAACUUUUCUAACGCCACUACUUCGAGAUACACACUGACAUAAUCACGAAUUUGUUCGCCUUACUAGCACAUCAUGUGCAUAUGUUUGUAUUUUGUGCAUGUCUUGAAGAAUCUGAUAAGACAAUUGAGUUUCACGUCUCAGUUCUUUUGCAUAAGUUUUAGGUACAUAGUGCUGUCUGUAGAAUUGAACGUCUUAAGCUUCAUAGAAAAUUAUAAUAAUAUUCCCUGCAUUUUUUGCAAGAUAUAUUGUUCCAGAAUCGUAGUGAAGUCUUUCUAAUCAGUUAAGUGUUAGCACAUGUGAUGUGUGAACAAGAAAAGAUACCCUUUUUGGUAGCCAUGUCUAUCAUACUGUUGGUUAGUACUUGGUGGCCUACGUGAUGCUUGUUUGAUGUUAUGGAAGGACCUGAAGUUUGAUAUCGCUCCUGUAUGAUGGGAAUACUAGUUACUUGGACUCAUUUUUCUAGCACACAAGUUAAGAAUUUGUAUUAUUUCCUAUCUCUGCAACCUUGUUGAUGUAAACACUUUCCCCAUAAUUUGAGUUGGUGAU